AGAAAUCUAUCAUUCGGAAUCACGAAUUCCAGUUGACAUAAAAAGUGUCAAGAAUUGAAUCAGAAUUGGAUCAAUCGUACAUUGUGAACCCAAAUACUUUCGAGCGAAAGCUAGAAGUAAACAUAAUGGACGAUAAUCCAGGAAAGUCGCCACAGGAGAAUGGAGAGAAAACAGUGGAAGUCGCUGCUGAAAAAGAAAUGGCUUCCACGAGCGGAUCCAGCGUUUUUAGAGAUGCUCUAGAGGUGUUGACAGACGAAGAGAGCGGUACUGAUUACCAGGAGUGUCAGCAGGGGUCAAGCACGGCUGUUCUUGACCCCGUUCAGGACCAGAGCCAGGACAUGGUGUUAGCAGAGACACGAAGGAUGUCCUACAUUUGUAUUGAAAAUACUUGGGAUGAGAAACUGGAUUUGCAGGCCAAAAAGAUGAGCCUGACAGCCAUACAGAAUGCCUUCUCGUCAGCUGCCGAGAUGAGCAGAAGUGAUGGAGAAAUGGCCCAGACAAGCAGCAGUGCUAGCCCUGCUGUACAUAUUGCCUUAUCCAAGACAAUGGAGAUGGAGGCCAGGAAGAUGUCUACGACUGCCCUGCAGAAGGCUUUUUCGGCGGCUGCCAGUGAUAACCAGAAGAAAAUUGUUGAGCCCAGACAGGGUGUUUUCAGGAGGAUUAUUUCCAGUUUAACUUCUUGCUGUGGGAGGAGGAAUCGUUGAAUUUAAAUGACUUGUUAAUUUUUAAUUAAAUGUACAUACUGUAUAUUGUUUAAUUAAUAAUUAAAAAAAAUACAAAAUCUUA